UGCUAUGAUGUUGAUUACAAAUAAACUGUCGUUAUAGAUUUAAAAUGAAGAGUGUAAUUUGUUUUGUUACCCUAUGGUCGCGUCGCUGCCAAGAAAAAACGGAACCGCAUCAAGACAGGUUAAAAACAACGUUGGGAUUAACCAGGAAAUCCAAGGGAGUAGGCAAGGGGAUUAGCUCCUCAGAUUAAAGUGGCCAUCAUCUUCAAACCCCGGGCUAAUCCGACCAUCUGUCAAGAGAGCAGCCAGCAAAACUCGAUCCACAAUGGGCUAAUUAGGAAAAGCUGCAGGCCACCGUUGAGAGGAGAAGGAGAAGAAGAAGGAAUUGUCUUCCAUCAGAGCAGGUUCUAUAGGUUCUUCACGGGCUUUCCUUUCACAGCAGAAAGCACACAGCAGGUAGCCUGAAGAUGGAGGAUACCUAUCUUCUCGAUAUGCCAACCGUCAAGAAGAAGAUUCUUGCUGGAGGAACGGGGCCGAUGCCACAUUUUCCCUCCGGCACUAAGGUGGUGUUCCACUUCCAGACGCUGCUGGAUGACUUUGAGCGCACGGUGAUCGACGACAGCCGCCUGGCCAAGAGGCCGGCCGAGAUCUUUGUGGGCAAGAUGUUCAAGAUGGAGGUGUGGGAGAGUCUGCUGACGUCCAUGCGUGUGGGAGAGGUGGCCGAGUUCUGGUGCGAUGCGGUGCACACUGGUUUGUACCCUAUAGUGUCCAAGGGGAUGAGGCUGAUUGCCCAGGGGAAGGACCCUCUGGACGGCCAGAGGCACAUGUGUGGCUUGGGCAACAUGUUCCACUACCACUCCACGGGUUACCCAGAGCUGGAUGAACUCAUGAGGACGCCCCAGCCGCUCAUCUUCAUCAUGGAGCUGCUGCAGGUGGGAGACCCCAUGUCCUACCAGCGUGAGUCCUGGUUGAUGGAGAAGGAUGAGAAGAUGCGCACCGUGCCUCUGCUCCACUUCCAGGGCAACUCGCUGGUCAAGAUGAAGCGCUACGAAGAGGCCGCCAGCAAGUACAAGGAGGCGGUCCUACUGCUUAAAGUCGUCCAAUCAAGGGAAAUGCCCGGCGACAUAGACUACAUCAACCUGGGCCGCAUGGUCAUCCCUCUAGAGCUGAACUACUGCCAGUGUAUGCUGGAGCUGGAGCAGUACUACGAAGUCAUCGAACACGCCAGCGAACUGCUAGGGAAACACAAAGACUGUGUGAAGGCCUACUACAAGCGGGCCAAGGCGCAUGCGGCCGUGUGGAACGAGAAGGAGGCGCGGCGGGACUACAACAUGGUGCUGAACCUGGACCUGACGCUGGCCGGGCUGGUCCACCGCGAGCUCCGGGAGCUGUCGGACCGCAUGAAGGAGAAGUACUGGGAGGAGAAGGAGCAGUACUGGCAGAAGCUGGACAGCAGCCCCCGCGGCAGGGAGGUGGAGGAGACCAGCGAGGCGGAGGCGGAGGAGGAGGAGGAGGAGGUGGAGGAGGGAGGAGGAGAUAAAGGAGAAGAGUGUGGAUUGAUGAAGAACGACGCGGGGGAAGAUGGGAGGCGUGGCCUGGAGAGCGUGGCGGUGAAAGACGAGGGAGAGGAUGGGAGGAAAGGAAGGGCGUGUCAGGGGGGGGAAGGUGAGGGCCACGGGGGCGGGGUUGGUAAGGGUGUUGAUCAAGAGACAGGGCGUGGCACCGAGUCGCAGAGAGAGCAGGUCGCCGGCGGCCACGGCCGCCCGGAGGAGAUGGACUGGCAGCAGAUGCUGAGAAUGAUCAUGUUCCUUCAGGAAGAAGGCAACUUCCAUAUGAAAGAGAACCGCUACGAAGAAGCCUCGGGGAAGUUCAGAGAGGCCAUGGAGUACGUGGACUUCCUUCAGUACAAACUGGUCGACCAGAAGGGCGAGGACUGGCAGUCCCUGGAGAAGGUCCGCCUCCCGUUGACCCUUAACCUCAGCGGGUGUCUGCUGGAGCUGCACCAGUACCAGCAGGUGGUGGAGCUCAACACUAAGCUACUGAAGAAGCACAGAGGUAACUUCAAGGCCGUGUACCAGCGGGCUCGGGCCCACUCGGCCCUGUGCAACGAGGACCAAGCCCGCAACGAUUUCCUCAAGCUGGAGCGCCUGGACCCCAAGUUCCAGCCGGUGGUCCGGCGGGAGCUGAAGAAGCUGGGGGAGACCCUGCGCCUCAGGCACGGCCAGCAGAAAAAGACGUACUGGGAAACGUCCCGGGAGAAAUGGGGCCCGGGCGGAACCCGAGCCAGAGCCGCCGCCGCCGCGGCGGCUAGCGGGACCCCCAAGAAGAGUGUGACGUUCGCGACCGUCGAACAGCACCAGGAGCAUGCCGGUGUUUGGGAGGGCGUCGGGUCCAAGGAGGCCGAGAGGGAGGAGGCCUCAGCCAGCGGCGACGCGGGACUGGAGGGAGCGGAGAGGGAGCGCCACCAGACGGAUGUGAAUCCAGAAGAGAAGGAGGAGGGGGGGGACGCCAGGGUCGAGAGUCACAUGGGAGAGGAGAAGGAUGAGGAGGAGGAGGGGAGGAAGGAAGGAGAGGAGUGUUCCAGGGUGGAGGGUAAGAUGAAAGAGGCAGAGGAAGAGGAGGGGAGGGUAGAAGGAGCGGAGUGUGCCAGGGAGGAGAGGAAUAUGGGAGAGGAAGGGAAGGAGGGGAGUGAGGAAAGAGUGGAGUGUGCCAGGGAGGAGAGUCACAAGGAAGAGGAACAGGAGGAGGAGGGGAGGAAGGAUGGAGAGAAGUGUGCCAGGGUAGAAAGUAAUGCGGACGAGCAGAGGGAUGAGGAAGAGGAGGAAGAGGGGAGAGAGGAAAGAGUGGAGUGUGCCAGGGAGGAGAGUCACAAGGAAGAGGAACAGGAGGAGGAGGGGAGGAAGGAUGGAGAGAAGUGUUCCAGGGUAGAAAGUAAUGCGGACGAGCAGAGGGAUGAGGAAGAGGAGGAAGAGGGGAGAGAGGAAAGAGGGGAGUGUGCCAUGGAGGAGAGUCACAAGGAAGAGGAACAGGAGGAGGAGGGGAGAAAGGAUGGAGAGAAGUGUGCCAGGGUAGAAAGUAAUGCGGACGAGCAGAGGGAUGAGGAAGAGGGGAGAGAGGAAAGAGGGGAGUGUGCCACGGAGGAGAGUCCCAAGGAAGAAGAGGAGGAGGGGAGGGAGGUUGGAGCGAAGUGUGCCUGGGUAGAAAGUUAUAGGGAAGUAGAAGAGGAGAAGGAGAGGGGUGAGGAGGGGAGGGAGGAAGGAGACGCAGGAAAGGAAGGAGAGGAAGUAGAGGAAGGAGUGGUGUGCCAGGGUUCCGAUUAGUAAAGAAGCGAGCCUUGUGCUGCAGGGUUACAGGCGGGAUGCUCCAGAUAAUGGACUGAGAGACGGAGAUAGUGUCCCAGCAGCCACAGAUAAUGUUGCGAGCAAGCGAUCCGGUUGCGAUAAGGCCAGAAACAAGGUCAAAAGCCCAUCAAACGGCCGGGGCGGGGGUAAGGCACAGGCGAGCAGGGGAACAAAGCCGCCACUCGAUCAGAUGCAGCCAAAGGGAGCAAAUGAUCUCAGGCCAUCUCCGAGCCCACAGGGGAAGUGGAGCACAGACCAAGGUUAGAUGAAGGGGCCGAUAGGUCUGCCACUGAGUAAGAAGGAAGCUACACGAUGAGGAUCGAAGACGUGAAAGCCAAGGCGAGGGAAGGGAGGAACUGUGAGCAGAGCCAGGCUGCAGGCCUGUGUUUUCCCUUGCAA